CUUUUUCCCCUAAAAAUUUCCCCUAAAACCAGAAAUUUCAUUAUUGAGCAUUUUAGGAGUUCUUUUGUGGACAAUAAAAUGUUGAAAAUUAUUAGAAUCGUUAGUUUUGGAUGUGCUUUAUCUUGUAGGGUUUCAAAGAUUAAAUCAUUAAUGGAGAAAAGAUGCAUCUUCUGAUUGUACAGCUAUGUUUAGGGAUAUGGUAGAAUACUUUUCUGGUUUUCUUUUAUUGGGCAUUUUAGGGCUUCUUUCGUGGACAAUAAAACCAGAAUGUUGAAAAUUAUUAGAAUCAUUGGUUUUGGAGUGUGCUUUUAUCUUGUAGGGUUUGAAAGAUUAAAUUCAUCAUGUAUAUGGCAUUUUCUGAUUUUUUUUCAUUAUCUAUAUCUCUUUUUGUUUUUUGGUUGAGUUCUGCAAAUAGAGUACCAGUUUGAGAGGUAUUAGAGUUUUAAUGCUAUGAAUGAGUCUUGAACUUCUAGGAUUGUAAGGACGGGGGACUGUUAGUAAAAAAUAAUACAUUUUCUUCGUAUAUUUCUGUUUUUUUUCCCCUUUUGAGUACCAACAUAUUAAAUUUCAAGAAGAAUUUGUGAAUGAAAUGUGGUUUUUCUUUUUUAUUAACAUUUUAGGGUUCCAAAGGAAAUUUACUAACCCUGCAGACUGUAUUAUCCUCCUCGCCCAACUGAAUUGGGUAUUUUUACUGCUUUCGAUGAGAACACCUUCUUAAUGAUGAAUAGAUGCCUAAGACGUCUUGCUUUUUUCAGACAUUUUUUUUUCAGAUAUUUUAUGAAUGGAAGUCUAUCAGAUUGUUCUCUUAUGAAAAUGCAGAUUUUUAGAUGAAAUUGCUAGUCUUUCUUUGGAUAUUUGAAUGGAUGCCUAAGCAGUCUUGCUUUUCAAUCUCUUGCUCGAUGCACUAAACAUGCAGUUUUUUAAUUGUGUGAAUGGAUUCUUUCUAAUUACUGCAUCGAUGGACAUUAAAGAUCGCCACAAUCUGAUUUGGAUUUUAUUUAUUUAUUUUGAAGGCCUUCUCAACAUGAAAAUGUAGUCAUUUGGACAAAAGUGUAGUCUUUUUUAUUUUUUGUUCAGAUUGUUGAUGAGUGAAUGUCCAAGAUCUGUGUUUUUUCUUUCUUGCUAGAUGGGUAUAAGUGAUUCUGUUCAUCACAAUCUAUAUCAUCUGUUUUGUCUAGGUUGUUUUUUGGCCAAAAAUUGGUGUAUUUGAUCUGCUAUUGACAACUGAAGGAAUGGAUAGUUCAUGGCGUGAGAUUUAUUGAAGUACUUGUUUUUAAUUUUUAGGGAGUUUUUCAUUUACUCUCUAUUGUCAUUUUAGGGCUUGAAAGAUUGUUAUGGGAAACCUGUGCUCUACAUUUUGCAACUUUCACAAUCACUUGCUAAUCUUCCAGCAUGUUAUCAAACACAGAAACCAAGAACUUCUUUAACUUCGCAGGAGGUUAUCAAACACAAGAACCAGGAACUUCUUACAGUAGUUUCUAUCUUCCCAGCAAGGAGGAACUUUCAAUUUGCAGUUCAUGAACUUGCUUCCAGUUAUCAAACAGGCCCUAAACGAGAGAGAGAGAUCAAAAUCUUUGUAUGAGUUUUUCCAUAUAUUCAGAGCCCAAGAAGCAAGGCGACCAUGCCUUGGAGGCCAGUUGCCGUUCCCUCAACAUCAUGUGUCUGUGGUCUCUCACCAUUUCUUUCAUCUUCUAACAACCGUACUAUUAAUUGCAGAGGGCAAUUCUCUAAUGGGGUUUCUUUUCUUUGCACUGGGAAUCAAUGGAGAACACCCCAAUUGCUCAAAAGAAAAGGUGGGUUCUUUCUGGUUUCAUGUGUUGAUAAUAGGAUCAAUUGGGGAAAGGAGGGAGUUUGGCCUGCUAAAGAAAUGGUUGGUGAGAAAGUACUCAGACUUAUCAGUGGUGCAACUUCUAGUCCUGUUGCCCAAUUCAUAGAAAAACCUACGACUUUUUUGCAUUCUAUGGACCCUAGAGUAAAGUUGGUGUGGCUUCUGGCCUUGGUAGUGUUACCAGCAAGUUCCAAUAUUGUGAUACGGUCAAGCUUGGUUGCUUUUCUUUCUCUUUUAUCUAUAUGGGCUCUUCCUGACCAUAUUUGGAAGGACCAAUUGGGGAGAGUGGCUUUCCUUUCAGGAAUUCUGUUUAUAAUGUUGGCAUUGGGUUCUGAUGGUGUACCCCCACUGGUUCAACCAAGAACACCACCACCAUCUAUGAUAGGAUUACCUAGCCUACCCAAGUCAUUGGAGGGUUAUUCUUACUCAGUUAUGAAGCUUGGACCACUACAAUUGACAAGAAAGGGUCUCUCAGUUGCGAGUGCAUCAGCUUGUUUAUCAUUCACAGUCUUCCAAAGCUCAAGCCUAUGCUUAACAACUACAACCCCAGAGCAACUUGCAUUGGCGUGGCGUUGGUUUAUGCUUCCUUUGUCAUUUAUUGGUGUUCCAGUUUCUGAAAUUAUACUUACUCUGUUGCUCUCUUUGAGGUUUAUAAAUCUAGUUUUUGAUGAGGUGAGGAACAUUGCAUUAGGCAUUUUAGCUCGAGGCGUACAUUGGAGGGAGUUGACAAUCAUGGAGACACUUGAUGUUUUUUUUACUUAUGUUCGUCAGAUCUUCAAAAACAUUUUCAGCCAUGCUGAGCAGAUAUCUCAGGCAAUGAUUGUUAGAGGUUUCAGAGGAAACAGCAACAACCACAAGAUUUACUUACCAAAUUCAUCCAUUGGAAUGUUAGAUGUUGUAUCCAUUAUUAGCCUCCUCAGCUUAAUAGUCGCUGCCUAUUUAUCCGAAUCUUUAUUGAUAUGAUCCUUGAACAUGUUGCUAAGAAGAUUGAUGAAGAGUGAUAAAGGUGGACCAAUUGAUGAGAUAAUCCCACUGUUUGAUGUCAUCAUGCAUGUACACAUGAAUGUAUAAUGUUUGUACAUAUUGCAUGCAUUGCAUUUAUUUGACAAAAAUUGUUUCCUUUGCCCUUUCAUGGAUGCAUCUGGGGUUUCUCCAUGGACGAACUGGAAUAGUGCCAAAUAGUAUCAUGGUUACAACAUUCAGAUAUGACACUUUAGAUAUUUUGACACUUUUUGUAAACCAGUUUUCUUUUUGUAAACCAUUUUUUGUUAAAAGCUCAGUUAUAAAGUA